AUGGCUCUGCUGAAGGUUCUGCUGCUGCUGCUGGGGCUGGUAAAGUCCUUCUUUGCUUCUUCAGGUGUUUCCGUGAACUCAGAUGUUUCUCUGCAGAAGAGAAUCAUUGGAGGUCAUAAUUGUGCUGACACGGAGCGUCUUUAUCAUGUUCGGCUGGAGGGCACCGCAGGACAUAGUAAGACAAUUUGUGGAGGAUCUCUGAUCCACCCUAAAUGGAUCCUGACUGCAACUCACUGCUGGAAGUCAGAGACAAGGAGGCUUGAAGUAGUAGUUGUAAAAGUUCAUCCACGGACUGGUGAAGAGCAGCAUCACAUAGUCACACACAAUCCUGUGCUGUAUACUGACGGCAGCCGGGAGCAUGGCAUCAUGUUGCUCAAGCUUCAAAAAAGAGUAACAAAUGUCCCACUUGCUCAGCUACCAGACUGCAGUUAUCGUCUUAAAAUUGGUGACAUUGUUCAGCUGGCAGGAGAGGGAGCAACGACAACCGGCCCCAAUAAUCGACGAUUGACCGAUGGUGAAAUUCCAGCACAUCUUCAGUGUGUCGACAUGAACGUUGUUGAGAUUUCCCAAGUCCAGCCAAAAUAUGGACAUGUAUUCUCCAUUGCAGCACCGAACAAGGAUUCAUGUCGUGGCGAAUCCGGCGGAGCAGCAGUGUACAACAACAUGAUUUAUGGUGUGAUUGUUGAAACUGGACCAAUCCAUGCAUGUCAGAGACCAGUUUACAUAAAUGAUGUGUGUGAAUACAUUGGAUGGAUAAAAACAACAAUCGGGCUUAAAUAAAACAUAAACUAUCAUGAAAUUUAAUUCUCAUCAAAAUUUCAUCUCAGAUAUAAUUUUAUAAUUGUAUCUUGACCAGUUUGAUCCACAUGUUUGUAGAAUCAGGAUAAAUCAAUAGCUUUAUUUUUUCUCAUCUAACCUUGAUCUCCCUAAUGGAUCUUUCUCUGUCUCAGAAAUGAAAAAUGAAUUAAUAAAUGCCUGAAAAAGAAA